UACGUGGCCAUCUGCCAACCCCUGCACUACGGGACCCUCCUGGGCAGCAGAGCUUGUGCCCACAUGGCAGCAGCUGCCUGGGCCAGUGGGUUUCUCAGUGCUCUCCUGCACACGGCCAAUACAUUGUCACUGCCCCUCUGCCAGGGCAAUGCUGUGGGACAGUUCUUCUGUGAAAUUCCCCAGAUACUCAGGCUCUCCUGCUCACACUCAGACUACCUCAGGGAAACUGGACUUGUUGUGGCUAGUUGUUGUUUAGGCUUUGGGUGUUUUGUUUUCAUGAUGAUGUCCUACGUGCAGAUCUUCAGGGCCGUGUUGAGGAUCCCCUCGCAGCAGGGACGGCACAAAGCCUUCUCCACAUGCCUCCCUCACCUGGCCGUGGUCUCCCUGUUUGUGACCACUGGCAUCUUUGCCAACCUGAAGCCCCCCUCUGUGUCCCCCCCAUUGCUGGACCUGGUGAUGUCAUUUCUAUACUCAGUGGUACCUCCAGCAGUGAACCCCGUCAUCUACAGCCUGAGGAACCAGAGGCUCAAGGAUGCCUUCAGGGAGAUGAUCACUGGAU